AUGGCUGAGGGACAAUUACCUCCUGGCCUUGCCAGUGUUCCUUCCCCAGGGGGUGGGCGGAGUGAUGAAGGAGGAAUGAGAAUACUACAGAGGAAAUGGACAUCCUUCCUGCAGACCCGGGUUGUGUGUUCCAUCCCAGAGUUUGGCUUCCACUUCAACAUCCUGAAGAGUAUUUAUGUUCUGAACCAAGGAAACUGGCAAAACACAAUAUUCUAUGGAGUGUUUCUAUCGCAAUGGCAAAACAUUGAAAUCUCUGCUGUUUGCCAGUACACCCUUGCCAGCAUACGGAAGGCAUUUGAAGGGCGGUAUAAGGAAGAUCAGGAAUCACCGCGCUGGUGGUCAAGGUACAUGGGGAAACCUCCAGAGCCUCGCCCAGGAUCGGGAUGGCUACACAAGGUGGUGAACAUUGGCUCCCACAUCCACAUCAUUGAGGAGAUCGAGCUCUAUGAGGAACCCCAGCCUGUUGAAAGUCUAGUACUCGCCAGCACUCAGGGGAUGCUGUAUGUUGGAUCACAGAGCAGUGUACUCCAGCUCGCUGUGGCUCAGUGCCACAAAUAUUCAACAUGCUUCGAUUGUGUCUUGGCUCGGGACCCUUACUGUGCUUGGGAUGGCAGUGUUUGCCGGGAGAUUCAGCUGGGCGAGAACAGGGCACAGCUGAUUCAAGACAUCAUGACCGGGAAGAACGGGUGUACGGAGACUGGUCGAGAUGUUCCUUUGGAAGUGAAGAACAGAUGGGUGCAGAAAGGGACAGAUGUCUUCUUACAGUGCGUCCUCAGUUCCAACAUCGCCACCGCGAGGUGGAAAGUCAACGAGGAGGAAGUGCUGGGGAAUGAUGGGAAACAUUAUUGCCUAAAGGAUGGCUCUCUGGUGAUCAAGGGCGUGCAGGCCACUGACGAAGGGCAGUACAGCUGCUUUGCUGAGGAGAAUGGAGUACGCUAUGUGGUAGCCUUGCACAAUGUCAGUGUUGGGGAUAGCUUGCCGUCCUCCCCUCAGCGGCUGAUCUCUAAGGGCCGCGAGUUCGUCUAUCUCGUCAUCAUCGCCGCCCUGGCUGCUCUCAUCUUGAUCCUGGCCACUCUGUCCAUCUACCUGUUCUGCUGGCCCUCCAAGAGGGGCGAUUACAGCGUCCGGUUGCCCAGCUCAUCACUGGUGGAGCUGCAGCACGUUUCGGGCUCGUGCGCUGGGAAGGCUGAGGAGGGGGACGCUGGUCGGCCCUACGGCGGAGAGCGACUCCUGAAGAUCAUCCCGGGUGAAGGGGCGAUGUCGGCCUACCACAGGGCUCCGGGCAGUGGGGAGCUGCUCCCCCCACCUCCUCCGCCUCCUCCCCCGCUGCCCCUCCCCCACGACUCGCCCCCUCCGACUUCGGUCACCCCCAACGGCCUGCCGCACGUGCUGAGGAAAAUGAACGGUAACUCGUACAUCCUGCUGCGGCAGGCCAGCGAGGCAGAGCCCGGCCUGCCCCAUUACCACUCCUUCACCGAGGAGCUCAGCAAGAUGCUAGAGAAACGCAAGCACGCCCAGCUGGUGGAGAAACCAGACGAGAGCUCGGUGUGAGGCAGCGAGGGAAGUGGGGGGGGCCACGCCUCCCAGCCACGGUGCUGCAACAUCUACCUCAAAAAUUCACCGAAGAUCCUCAGGCAGCACCUUCCAAACCCAACACCGCCUCCCAUCCAGAAGG